ACCCCCUAAAAGUGACGGUGGUGGCGUCGUUUCUUGGGCUGCUCAAAUUCGGAAGCUCCGACAAACGUGUGAAUUCGGAAACUUUAACUGAAUCGGGUGAAACUUUGUGUGGUUUUGACCAUAAAGGGAGGAUAUUUUUGCCUGAAACCUUGGUUAACCUGAGAGAGAAGCAACAAAGGGAUGCAUCCCCUUAAGGCAACCUAAUCCCUGACCCUGCUUACGCGGCUCUUCGGAAAUGACCUUGAGGCGCCACGGGAGCACGGGAAUCCCGAUACAACGGUAUCGAAGAUGUCGCGGGAACUAAUAAUUGGGAAAACAUGCGGACGACAGUCGCCCUACUGAGAUUCCCGAUAUUUUUGUUGCUGUUUCAACUGCAACAUGCCCGAUCCAACACGGGUGGACGGAUCCCAGGUAUGGAGGCGAUAAUGCCUCGGACGCACGUCGCCUUAAGCGGAGACCUCCAGAUCAACAUCGUGUCCGAAUCGUUCCUCCCGCUGGUCGUCCAGCUGUCCAGAUUGGAAGGAACGGUCGUGCAGCCGCUCACCGCGUUCCCGGUUUAUCCAGAGGCGAGUGCGUUGCGUAGGAACCUCACUCUGGUCCAGCUGGAGUGCGGCUACUUCUCCAAAGGAGGACAGUACUACGUGCAAAUUAGGAAGCAACCCAUCGUAGGAGUAAACGCGAGCGACUCAGAAACCCUCACGAGAGUGAUCGACGUGCGAUGGCCCACGCCUCAACUCACCGUCACUCCGGAGAACGUCAAGACUUACCCAGAGGGUCCUGUCACAACGAUCCUGACCUUCCCGGAGGUGAAAUGUCCUCCCAAGGACGCACUGCUUUCGGAGUUCAGCUUGCAAUUGUUCUACUGCGGUCACUCACUCUUGAAUUGCGACGAGGGACUUUCAGGAGAAGAGCAGAACCGCUCUAGUUAUCAGGUGCUUUACUACGAGCAAGUGAGAGGCCUGCCCGGUCGUAAGGUGGUCGAGUUCAGGUGCGAGCUCUUCGGCCUGUCCGGACACUACGCCAUAUUCUUACGACCCAGCACUGCUGACCCCUUGAUGCCCCGCGGGUCCGCUUACGUGAAGGUCGAUUGGAGUGAUCAGUUCGUGUUCAACGUGCACGCGCGCUCGAUUUUCCCCUGUGACACCCACAGCGGGGGUGUGACUGUGCUGUUCCAAUAUCCCUCGUGUAUCCUAGCGACGGGGGAUAGGGUCAGACUGUUCGCUAGGUUGAGGGCGAACGUUGCUUCUCUAGCACCGCCCACUACCUUGGAGUAUGUGGCCGAACAAAAGGUGGAACGUGGACAUCACAGUUUGCACUUCGGUUGCGACUUGUUUUCCGAACGCUACGUGGAGUACUGUUUCGUCUACGUCAGCCAGAGCAUCUCUGGGGCGGUGGCUGACGUGCGGGAGGACUGCGUGCCCACUCUACCAGUGUCAGAUCAAGAGCGCGGCGGAUGGAGCGCCUGGAGCCGAUGGACCCCGUGCUCCAGCACCUGCGCGGGAGGCAUCCGGAGCCGUUACCGACUCUGCGACUCUCCACCCCCCAAGUACGGGGCGAAAUUCUGCGAGGGCUCGGCAGUGGAGACAGAGAGAUGCGGCAUCGGUUUGGGGAUCACCUGGGAAUGCCUCUACAAUGGCGGACUAUCAAACAACAACAACAACGACAACAGCUUAAUCCCGGCCAAUAUACCGGAAGUAAAAGAGGAAGUGGGACCGUACUGCCGGUGCGGCUGCGUCGUGCACCUGGGCGUGGCCAAACCGAACCGGAAACUCGCCACGUCCAGUCAAAGUUGCCCCGGAAGGAUCUUCUGGCUCAUCCAGGCGGACGAUGAGUGCAUCAUCCACUUCAUCGUCAAACAGUUCAACCUCCCGUGCGGCAACCAGUGGCUUAAAGUGAGAGACGGGAGCUCCUUGUCUUCGAGGUUACUAGCGGAUCUGGAGGGGGAACCGGGAUCGAUGCCGGCCACAGUAAACUCCACCGGACCUAACCUGCUUUUGGAGUUUUAUUCGGACGACAUCUCCGUAGGGAACCUGGUGUGCGACGGGGGGUUCGUUGCCGAAGCCUCUCAGCUGAAAGUGGGUAAAUCCAACGUGACGGCCCUGCAGGUGGUCCAUGCCAAAGUGAUUCCGAUGGCCGUACUGAAGAUGACGGCCGUGCACUUUGCCGCCUUGUUUUUCCUUGCGGGGUUGGUGUUGGCCACCCUGUUGCUCGGCGUGCAGUAUGUCUUCAGGUACAGGAAGUACCAAGUGGCGGAGUUUGAGGACAAGGACUCUUUGGCGGCCUCCAAAGCCCCAUCCAGCACCACCCUGCUAUCAGACGUGAUCUCCCUGACCAAAAUGCGACCCUCGCGCAAAAACAAGCACGUGCGCCUAAGGGAGUCGAUGGAUUGCGAGCAAAGUGAGGAGGCAGUCGCUCUAGCGGGCGAGGAGGAAACCUCCCAGUGCGGAAGCACCACAACCCUCAAGGCCCUGGCCACCCUGGCCAACCCUGAGGAGGACAUCACUCCCACCAGCAGUUCUCCCACGUCCCCAAGAGCGAGUCAACCGAUCAGACGGUCAUCGAGGUCAAGUGAAAAAGACGGAUCAAACGAGAAGGACGACUGUUUGAGCGGCAGCAAGGCCGCCUUGACGAAUGUGAGCGAUGAUGAUGACGAGGAGGAGGAAGAGGAGGAGGAGGGGGUGGUUUGCUCUAAAAGUGAUCCGGGCUGUUACUCCUCGGUGGCCAGCAUGGUGAGCACCGCGACCAUCCGUAGCACCAACGCGAAAGCCACCAAAGACAAAAAGAACCGGGAGAAACUGUUGGCGGGUCCGACAGGUUCCGAGUUCUCCUUGGUGAACGACCUGGAGAUCGAUUACUACGACUACAACGUCAUCAAUGCUGGCGCUGCACCUGGAUCCUACUUAGGCAUGGAUCCGGCUUUUCUAGUCUGGAUUCCACCUCUGGACGAGUCGGGGGAGAUCUUGCCGGAAGCAGAGGAGUCUUUGGAGAUGACCGACAUACGCCCCAAGGUCUUCAUCGAUCCGGGAAGCAACAAGGAGUCUCCGGAAGAAGAGACUUUGCUGCCGCAGUCAAAACUGCGCAGGAGAUCAGUGAGUGAGAGCACAACCUCGCCUCUGAGCAAGAAGAGAGUGAGGAAGGUGGUGCAUCCUUUGGUUCACGGGCCCACGUUAGACAACAGGUACAAGACGGACCACCCGCCCCCUCGGAUGGAGACCAAGAAAUCGAUCAAGUUGGCCAAGGAGACCCGCCGCUCCCUCUCCCCCGACGUGGAAAAGGAGACCAAAGUGGAGAAGUCUCGGGGCGUGGACGAGAUCCGGUUUGCAGACGAUGACGAGGAGUUGGACUUUAACGAGAUGCAACCGGUCGACGCUAAUUAAUCGUUGUCAAUUUUUAACGGUCAUGCGCAUAUCGAACUUAUAUCAUACGAAACGUGCCCGUCAUUAUCAAAUUGAGUGCAAUAUAACAUGUAAAUAAGUAUUUAUUUUAACGUUUAGGGCCGGUAGUGUUAGAUCCAACGUGUAUAUUCACCUGACUUGGCCCGACCGGUAUAGUCGCGCGCCUCUCGAUCAAUGACGCGCAUGCGCUUUGAUGCUAUACCGGUGGGGCCAGCGCGUGCGCGUAAGCGGAAGUUCGAACAACCUGUAUAGUAAUUUUUUUAAUAAUAAUAAUAAUAAUAAUAAUAAUAAUAAUAAAUAAUGUCUUGCUUUCGUUUUUUUACUGUUCGUGUGAAAAUUGUUUUGUACAUAAUGUAUUCGCAUAUAAAUAAAGGGCAUUAAAUUAAUUGGCAAAAAAAAUAUAUCGUAGUUAUAUAAA